AUGGAGUUCUAUGAUCCAGAAAUAGAGCAAGGUGCUAAAUCUAGUCAUGCUGAUGCCAAAACAGAUAAAGCAGUGACAGAUAUUAGCAGCACUGUGGAAAAAGUGUACAGCAACGUGGAACAAAAUACAAAAAAAGGAUGGAGUACGUUCAACAACUUCUUUAAAACCAUACAGAGCAGUAUUCCACAAAAUGCAGAGCUGCAAAAAAAGAUGUCGGAAACUGGGAAAGGACUCAGUGAGAAUAUCAACAAGACUAGGGAGACACUAAGCAGUAAGUUAUCGACACAACUUUCAGGAUUAAACAUAAAUAAUGAUAACAUAGAUUCUUUGAAGCAGAAAUCUACGCAGGCAUUGAAGAAUGUGGGUUCGAAUACAAACAAGUAUCUUGACCAGCUAGAUUCGCAUUUAGAAAAAGUUGAGAAUACGACGCUGGGAUAUGCCACACAGUUGACAUCUUUCUUACAAGCCAAGACAGGAAUCAAGGUUGGAAUUGCCGAAAAGGCUAAUUCAAGCUCUCUUGGGCAGAAAAACAUCCAACAGCAAGCAAACGGGUCACAAUCGGAUAUUCUCUUUAAUGUUCCGAAGGGUCUUGCGAGUAGUCGUGUAGAGGCACAACUUCAUGAAUUGCAAGUGAGUAUAGAGCCUUACGAACAGGCGCUUAACAACUCCAAGAAGGAAAUUGAAAAGUACAUUCUUACCGAGGAAGAAAAGCAAGAGGCUGAUAAGCAGCUUUCUUCUGAAGACAGUCCAUUAAAAAAGAUACAACAAGAACUGGUUCCAGGAAAGAUGGAUGGAUCAUUCUUUUUGAAAUGCUACUUUAGCAGUAGAAAGAAAAUCAUACAAGACGAGAAAAAAAGAAAGCUGCUGCUUGAGAAGACGGCUGAAGAAGAUGAGGACGAUUUCAGCUGGGAUGAUGAUAGUGAUGAUGAAGAGGAUAAAGCAGAGACUACUACAAAGGGCAAUGGUGAGAAGAAGGAAGAAUAA